GUCGAAAAUGUAAACGAGACGUUUCGUUCCACGUGUUUAAUGAAGAUUUGAACAGUUUUGCAGUCCGACAAUUUUCAUGUUGCUUGUGACGAAUCUGCAGUCACGAAACACAAGAUUACUGAACUGCCUUUGCCCUAACGGCCGCAUAGUAAAGAUGUCGCCUCCCUUGUUUGAAUUUAUCGAAGCUAAAGACAAGCUCACGGAAUCCACCAAGCAGGCGCUGGGCGACAAAAGCAGCAAAGCAAUAAUACAAGCUUUUUAUCAAAUCCCAGGAAAUGAGACUGAAAAGAAGACCACACUGGACCAGGCUUUUCGGGUGGUCCUCGGGGAGCAGAUUGUGGACAAGGCGUCCAGUUGUGAGGCCUACUUGUCUCUUAUCUACAUGAGCAUCGAUGCAGUCACUGAAGGUAUCUGCUCUGCGACUACGCCUUUCGUGCUCCUGGGGGAUGUGCUGGACAGUCUUCCUCUGGAUCAGUGUGACAACAUCUUCAACUUUGUGGAGGAGAACGUUUCCACGUGGAAAUCUAACUCAUUCUACACAGCUGGUAAGAACUACUUGUUGAGGAUGUGUAAUGAUCUUCUGCGGCGUCUGUCCAAGUCCCAGAACACUGUAUUCUGUGGACGGAUACAACUUUUCUUGGCUCGUCUCUUCCCGCUGUCAGAAAAAUCCGGUUUGAAUCUCCAGAGUCAGUUCAACCUGGACAACAUCACAGUGUUCAACAAAAAUGAAGAUGAAAGCACCUUUACACUCAAGCACACAGGAGAGAAGGAGGACGGAAUGGAGGUGGAGGAAGGUGAAAUGGGCGAGGAAGAAGCACCUGCGUCGUGCUCCAUCCCCAUCGACUACAACCUGUACAGAAAGUUCUGGACGCUGCAGGACUACUUCCGCAACCCGGUGCAGUGCUACGACAAAGUUUCCUGGAUGACCUUCCUCAAGUACUCGGACGAAACGCUGGCCGUGUUCAAGAGCUUCAAGCUGGACGACAUGCAGGCGUCCAAGAGGAAACUGGAAGAACUGCGGGCGUCUGGUGGCGAGCAUGUCUAUUUUGCCAAGUUCCUCACCAGUGAAAAGCUGAUGGACUUGCAGCUGAGCGACAGCAACUUCCGCCGACACAUUCUGCUCCAGUACUUGAUCCUCUUCCAGUACCUGAAAGGACAAGUCAAAUUCAAAAGCUCCAGCUGCUUGCUAAACGACGACCAGUCUGCGUGGAUCGAAGAAACCACCAAGUUAGUUUACCAGCUUUUCAGAGAGAUUCCUCCAGAUGGGGACAAGUUCGCCACCAUGGUGGAACGUAUCCUCAACACUGAAGAAAACUGGAUAGCUUGGAAAAACGAAGGAUGUUCCAGCUUUGUCAAAGAGCGGCCGGUCGACGACAAACCCAAGCGACCCAGCAGGAAACGAGCGGCUCCAGAAGACUUCCUGGGGAAAGGUCCCGACAGAAAGAUCUUCAUGGGAAAUGAUGAGCUUACUCGCCUGUGGAACUUGAACUUGGACAACAUGGAAGCCUGCAAGUCAGAUAGCAGGGAGUUCAUGCCGUCGCUGGAUGAAUUCUUUGCUGAAGCCAUCGAGCAGGCCGACCCUGCCAACAUGGUGGAGGAAGAGUACAAGGUUGUUCGGAACCCCAACUACGGCUGGCGGGCUUUACGGCUGCUCUCCAGAAGAAGUCCACACUUUUUUCAGCCCACCAACCAGAAGUUCAACAGCCUGGCCGACUACUUAGACACCAUGGUCAGCAAGCUAGCCAAGGAGUUGCCUAAGGACAUCCCCUCGGAGGAGAUCAAGACGGGUGAGGAAGAGGAUGACGACGAAAAUGGAGACAAUCUGCUCAAAGACAGCAAUGACAGCCCGAGCAUGCCGAGCAAGAUGGUGAGCAACCAGCAGAUGGACGACGUAGCGGCCAAGCUCGGCAACCGCUGGAAGGCACUGGCCUCGCACUUGGAGAUGCGGGCAGCUGAGCUUCGCGAGAUCGAGGCAGAGAGCGAGGACGCCGACAUCCGGGCCAAGUUGCUGCUGGUCACCUGGCAGGAUCGAGAAGGGGCGCAAGCCACAGUGGAGAGCCUGGUGGCGGCCCUUAACGCCGCCGGCUUUGCCAAAAUGGCAGACGAACUCAACGAGACUUGAACCAGCUUGACUUGUUUUUGUGUAGAAACGUUUUGUGUUUCUUAGCGUCACAUUAAACAUGCCUUUUGAUACAUAGUGGCAGACACUUUUUUUUAAUUACAUUUUUGCAGCACUUAUGAAAAGCCAUCAGUCAAUAACUUAGAACAAGAGUGAAGAUGAAGCAAAAAAAAAUUUGCUCAGUUUUUAGUACACAAUAAGACUAACUGUGAACUGGUCUUGACUGUCAGAAAGUAGAGUGAAUAAUUUGGCAGCGAGCGGGCAGGGGACAUUUCACAAGCGUACAAGAUGAAUUGACUACACCUUGCCGCAAAAUAGCAAAAAUCCACAAGUAAAAGACACCAACCCAAAAAGGUUUGUAAAUGUGAAGCACUUAUUGUAUUACAGAAGGCGGCUGUGGGCCAACUUAAAGGAGUUCCUUCCUCCAUUCAAACAUGAUUGUUUGGGACAAAAUUCAUACCAAAGCAAGUUUGAGAUCAAACAUGACUUUGGCUUAAGCACAAAAACAAGUGAACGGGUGCCUCUGCCGUGGAGCGGAAGAGGAAUGCGAGCCAAGCGACUGCAGUCAGUUGCACCUUAAAAACUAGAUGACACGUAGAAAAUAUUAGCCAUUUCGCCUUUUUCUUUUGAGCUCAUGAUGGUUGAAAUUUUACUAUCGGGGGGGAAAAAAAAAUAUUUGAGGUGAUCCAUUAAGUAAAGACACCUGUUUUAUUGCA